AAAAUGCAAAGACUUUGCACUUCAGAAGCAAUGGACAAAUUCAACAGUCUUUCAACACAAUUCUCUAAGUGCUGCCUUUGUGAUUUCUUAAAGGUGAAGAUGCAUACUGUGUCCUCCAUCCAUCUCUUCUACCUGGCCCUGUGUUUGCUCACCUUGACCAGUUCUGCCACAGCAGGGCCUGAGACGCUCUGCGGCGCCGAGCUGGUGGACGCCCUUCAGUUUGUUUGCGGAGAAAGAGGUUUCUACUUCAGCAAGCCCACUGGGUAUGGCUCUAGCAGUCGGCGUUUACACCACACAGGGAUCGUGGAUGAGUGCUGCUUCCGGAGCUGUGAUCUGAGGCGGCUAGAGAUGUACUGUGCGCCAAUUAAGCCAGCCAAGUCAGCUCGCUCGGUGCGUGCCCAACGCCACACCGAUAUGCCCAAAGCCCAAAAGUAUCAGCCCCCAUCCACCAACAGGAGAACGAAGGCUGAGAGGAGGAGGAAAGGAAAUCCAUUUGAAGAACGCAAGCAGAGGAAACUCAGGAAGCAGGAACUACAGAAUGUAAGAACUACCAUCCAGGGGCGAAGAAUGAACAUGCCACCUCUGCAGGAUCCUUCUCUGUAAAUAAGUUAUUUGUUCAACAUUGGAAGACUUUAAAAACAAAAACAAAACACACCAGUUGUUUUAAUAAGCUUGAUGAAAAGGCAAAGCAAUGGGCAUU